AGCCUCGCCAAAGUUCUUUCCGCGCGCUGCAUUCUGUGCGCCGCGCUGCGUCGCCAUGUCCUGCCCCGUGGUCUUGCCAUGUCCGGCGUUUCUGCCGAUGAUGAUGGGUAAGAUCUACGACUGGACGCAGGCGAGCUUGAUGGUGGCGGCGGGCGUGGGCCUCGCUUUAGCGCUCCGCGACGUGGUGGGCGCCUACCAGCACGGCUGCAUCGUGCACAAGAAGUACGGCUUCAGAACGUACUGCGUGGUGGAGAUUCUUGACACUCUCUUCCUGCUGCCUUGCACCUUUCAGCUGAUCUUCUGCAUCGCCAAGUACGACGACCGCGUCCAGUCCCGGCGCACCGAGGCGAAGGAGCAGACCGCCGCGCUCACGGAGACCUACCGGCGCUACAUCGCGGACAUGGAUGACCAGCUGGACAAACUCUGCAAGUCCAACGUCUUCAUGGCACAGAACGCCUUCGAAGAAAGGAAGCGGGACUUCGCAACCUUCCUCCGGCGCUUGGCGGCACAGCUCCGCGACUGCGCCUGCGAAGGGGUGGAGGACCCGCGGGAGCUGGCGGCAGAGCUGAAGACCUUCAUACGGCAGUGGCUGGAGAUCUACGGCGAGGCCUCCGUGGACGUGGAGCGAAGGCUCGAGGCCAAGCUGCCGGAGGCAGCCUUGCGCCUGGAAGAUCCGGUGGCGCUGCUGACAUCAGCGGAGCUGGUGGUGAGAGCCGUGAAGACAUCCGUGGGGGCGUCCUACACCUCUGACACUCAGGUCCUCGAGCGCCUCCGCGACACGCCCGCCUCCGAGCCCAGCUCCGCCUUGGUGCCCCACCUCUCUGGGCGCCGACUGUCGGGGGAGCGCCGGCUCUCGGAGCGCCGGCGCAGCCAUGCGGAAGUUCGGCGGAGUUUGCGGGACCUCCCGCAGGUGGCGAUGGCCUGGUUCGAGUGCUGCGUGCCGCAGUGCUUCGCGCACCUGGCGGGCAGCUCCAGCGAGCUGUCCUGCCUCCUCUGCCGCGUGAAGUUGCUGGGCCGGGAGCACGUCUUGCUGCUACUGGCCGCCGCCGUGGGGCUGUGCCUCAUCGUGAUCACAGCGGUCUUUCCGGUGCUCUCACCGGACAAGACCUGGCGUAGGGCUUCCAUUGAUGCCGUGUGGGAUAUGGCGCCGCUGGUGGUUUACGUGAUUUGCCUCGUGGUGCUCUUGGUGCACAUCGAGCGCAUCAGCGCGCUCUUGGAGGCCCAGAAAGAGCUGCAAGAGGCGCAGCAGCGUACGGCGCUGGUGGCCUCCAUGAAGGAGGACCUCAUCGAACACUGGACCGCCAUCAGCAACGUCACCGAGCUGUGGCAAAACCGGACCUUGCCGCGACUGGAUCUGCUGAAAGAACUGCAUUGCCAGCUGCAGGAGAAGCUGCAGCCUGAGCACCUAACAGAGCAGCUGCGUGUGAUCAAUGCGCGGCUUGGGCGCCUGGAGCAAGCCGUGGGGGACGUGCAGCAGUGGUGGCACGCGCAGCAGGAGGGCUCUGCGUGCGCGCUGGCGCCCCGCGUCAGCCGGCUGCUGCGCACUCGGACCAGGGAUCGCAUGCAAGGCGAGUCGGGCAGCUUCACGCAGCGCCUGGACUGUUUGAUCGGUGAGAUCGAUGCGGAGAGGCCCAGCACCGAGCUAGUCGUAUCCGACACAGCGCUGGACUUGGGCGGAAGCUUCAAGCGAGGCUCCCUCCAGGAGUUCCUUCGAGAAGCGGAACCUGCGGAUCUCGAAGAGGGAAACAUGCGAAACUUGGACAGCUUCGUUGCAGACCGGUGAGGUUUUGUAUCGAUUCGAAUCGAGGCGCGGCAGACCGUCGGCAAGAUCCGGGAUUUGUUGGCGUGCCGGUUCUUGUUGUUGGC